GGCUCCGCGGCGCGGCGCCCGAGCCCCGCUCGGCUCCGGCGCGUCUAUUAUGCUGCCGGGGCCGGCGAGCCAGAGAGGAGCCGGCCGCGCGGGCCGGGAGGGGACGGCCGCCGGAGCCGCCGAGGCCAAGCGCUGCCCGGUCGGGCCUGGAAAUGGGGAGGACGCGAGGGCCGCCCUGAGCCGCUGCCGCGCCGGCCCGUGAGCACGCCGCCGGACGAUGUCCACCACGGCGACGGCCGCCCCCGCGGGGCUGCCGGGGGCCCCGGGCCCCGUGAACCCGCCCCCGCCAGAGGUGGCCAACCCCGCCAAGCCCGGCCGCAAGACCAACCAGCUGCAGUACAUGCAGAACGUGGUGGUCAAGACGCUGUGGAAGCACCAGUUCGCCUGGCCCUUCUACCAGCCCGUGGACGCCAUCAAGCUGAACCUGCCCGAUUAUCAUAAAAUAAUAAAAAACCCGAUGGACAUGGGGACUAUCAAGAAGCGACUAGAGAACAAUUAUUAUUGGAGUGCCAGCGAAUGUAUGCAGGACUUCAACACCAUGUUUACAAACUGUUAUAUUUAUAACAAGCCCACAGAUGACAUAGUGCUAAUGGCCCAAGCCUUAGAGAAAAUUUUUCUGCAGAAAGUGGCCCAGAUGCCCCAGGAGGAAGUUGAAUUAUUACCCCCCGCUCCGAAGGGCAAAGGCCGGAAACCGGCUGCAGGAGCCCAGAGUGCAGGUACGCAGCAAGUGGCGGCCGUGUCCUCUGUCUCCCCGGCGACACCCUUCCAGAGCGUCCCCCCCACUGUCUCCCAGACGCCCGUCAUUGCUGCCACCCCCGUGCCAACCAUCACCGCAAACGUCACGUCGGUCCCCGUCCCCCCGGCGGCCGCCCCCCCGCCUCCGGCAACACCCAUCAUCCCCGUGGUCCCUCCCACGCCUCCCGUCAUCAAGAAAAAGGGCGUGAAGCGGAAAGCAGACACGACCACGCCCACGACGGCCGCCAUCACCGCCAGCCGGAGCGAGUCGCCCCCGCCGCUGUCGGACCCCAAGCAGGCCAAGGUGGGGGCCCGGCGGGAGAGCGGCGGCCGCCCCAUCAAGCCGCCGCGGAAGGACCUGGAGGACGGCGAGGUGCCCCAGCACGCGGGCAAGAAGGGGCGGCUGUCGGAGCACCUGCGGCACUGCGACAGCAUCCUCAAGGAGCUGCUGUCCAAGAAGCACGCGGCCUACGCCUGGCCCUUCUACAAGCCCGUGGACGCCGAGGCGCUGGAGCUGCACGACUACCACGACAUCAUCAAGCACCCGAUGGACCUCAGCACCGUCAAGAAGAAGAUGGACAGCCGCGAGUACCCGGACGCGCAGGGCUUUGCGGCCGACAUCCGGUUAAUGUUCUCCAACUGUUACAAGUACAACCCGCCCGACCACGAGGUGGUGGCCAUGGCCAGGAAGCUGCAGGACGUGUUUGAGAUGCGGUUUGCCAAGAUGCCGGACGAGCCGGCAGAGGCGCCCGCGCUGCCGGCCCCUGCAGCGCCGGUGGUGAGCAAGGGCGCGGAGAGCAGCCGCAGCAGCGAGGAGAGCUCCUCCGACUCGGCCAGCUCGGACUCGGAGGAGGAGCGGGCCACCCGGCUGGCGGAGCUGCAGGAGCAGCUGAAGGCCGUGCACGAGCAGCUGGCCGCCCUGUCUCAGGCCCCCGUGAACAAGCCAAAGAGGAAGAAGGAGAAGAAGGAGAAGGAGAAGCGGAAGAAGGACAAGGACAAGGAGCGGCACAAGGCCCGGUCCGAGGACGAGAAGAAGGCCAGGGCCGCCCCGCCCGCCAAGCAGGCCCAGCCCAAGAAGCCACCCUCCAAAAAGGCCAGCAGCACGACCGUGGCCAGCAGACAGCCCAAGAAGGGCGGCAAGCAGGCGCCGGCCUCCUACGACUCGGAGGAGGAGGAGGAGGGCCUGCCCAUGAGCUACGACGAGAAGCGCCAGCUGAGCCUGGACAUCAACCGGCUGCCGGGGGAGAAGCUGGGCCGCGUGGUGCACAUCAUCCAGUCGCGGGAGCCCUCGCUGCGGGACUCCAACCCCGACGAGAUCGAGAUCGACUUCGAGACGCUGAAGCCCACCACGCUGCGGGAGCUGGAGCGCUACGUCAAGUCCUGCCUGCAGAAGAAGCAGCGGAAGCCCUUCUCCUCCAGCGGCAAGAAGCAGGCGGCCAAGUCGAAGGAGGAGCUGGCGCAGGAGAAGAAGAAGGAGCUGGAGAAGCGGCUGCAGGACGUCAGCGGGCAGCUGAGCAGCAGGAAGCCGGCCAAGAAAGAGAAAUCGGGCGCGGCGCCCCCCGGAGGGCCCUCCCGGCUCAGCAGCAGCAGCUCCUCGGAGUCGGCGAGCAGCAGCUCCAGCGGGUCCAGCUCGGACAGCAGCGACUCGGAGUGAGGCCGGGCCUGGCCACCAGCCCGCGGCCACCGCCCGCGCCGACCUCCGAGUGCCCCCCUCGGUCAAUAUACUACUUGUGUUCACGCUGCGCGGGUCCUCUUUCAUCGGGGGCCGCCGCCCGUGUCGCCUUCCUAGGUCAGAGGCCAUCUGCGUGCGGGCUUCGGGGCGGCGUGUGUCCGCAGCGCGGCCGAGUCCGAUGGCUCAGGGGUGACCACGGCAGCUGCUCGCCCGGCGGCCGGAGGAGAGCGAGGAGAUGGCGGCGGAGCGGCCCGCAGGGCCCCCUCUCCGGGCCCGCCCGUUCCGGGGUGCCCCCUCGGCUGUCUCCGAGGCGGUUCUGUAUCCGGGAGCUGGGGCUUCGUCCCCCCGCCCCGGGGUCCGAGCCGCCGCCGCCUGCAGGGGCCGAGGGCGGCCGUCCCGCUGGGAAGAGGCCCCGGGCCAGGCGGGUCCGUGUGGCUCCGGCCGAGCUCUGCGGGGAGAGGGGCUGUGAGGUUCUGACCUUGGCGAUGCCAGGAGCUCCCGGGGGCCCGUGGCUGCGUGUGCAGGUUUCAUACACUGAAACUUUUACCUCAACUUAAAAAAGAAAAAGAAAAGA